UUUGUUAUACUUCCCUAAACCAAACUUAAAAUCUUCCAAGUAACAUAGCUAUAUUUUCAAUGCGAUGCAAUCGAUUUGCUAAGUUACUCAAAAGCCCUUGUACAAAACAAUUAGGUAAAUGAUUUUUACUUAAAUUUAUAACAUCUAUGUCGAAUUGUUUUAUAUAAUAACUAUCCUCUUAGUUACAUUUUGGAUCACACACGUGUUUCUAAAAAUAUCACAAGCGAAAGCAAUAAUCGAUAUUGAUAUAACAUUGUCUACAAAGACGGUUGUGUCAACCUCUAAGCAGCAAGCCGCUAUCCGCCAUCUUAGGUCGACAUUGUUGAUUCCCCGUGCCGUAGUUAUUCAAUGAAAUGUGUCGUUAUUUUCCUAAAACGAACUGAUUGAGUAUGUGGACUUAAGUUUUUUGUAGUUAAAUUGUGAUAAUACGUAAAAUGGAAGAGGAAUACAUCGAUUCUCAGGACUCGGCAGUGAACGAAGUGGUGAACCGCAAUAGUGAAGUGAGCGAAAAUUUGGUGGACAGUACCAAGGAUUUUGGUGAUGUAGUGGGUUAUGAUGAGGGUUACGAGGAGGAGGAGGGCGGGAACAGCUUCAGGGGGGGUCGGGGCCGUGGCAGCUUCAGAAGUAGAGGCCGCGGACCGCCUCCUGGUUGGAUGAACGGGCCUCCUAUGAGGUUCAGAGGUCGCGGCUACGGUCCCGGUGGUCCCCCGAUGCGAGGCAGAGGCUUUUUCCGAGGACGCGGAGGCCCACGAGGAUUUGGCCCCAACAACGGUCCCAACUUCGACAAUAACUGGGGUCCUAUGGGCCCGCCCCCGCCAGGAAUGAUGGGAGGUCCCCCGCCCGGAAUGAUGGGUGGUCCCCCGCCGUUUGGACCCCCUCCCGGUAUGAUGCCCCCUGGGGGUCCUAUGGGCCCUCCUCCGAAUAUGAUGGGGCAACCUCCUCCGUUCGGAGGUCCCCCUGGUAUGCCGCCCCCAAAUAUGCCGGCCCCCGAGUUAUGGGUUGAGACUAAAUCAGAAGAAGGAAAGCCUUAUUACUAUCACUCCAGAACCCGAGAGACUACGUGGACUAGGCCACAGGAGGGACCAACGUGCAAGGUCAUUCUGCAGGGUGAAAUGGAGGCCAUGGUGACGUCAGGUGGUCCGAUGCCCAUGUCUGGUCCCCAAGGGUCCAUGAACGGUCCCAUGGGCGGGCCUAUGUCCGGCCCCAUGGGUAUGAUGCCAAACGGCGUGAUGUCGAACGUCAUGCCGCCCGGCGUGCACUCCGCGCCGCCCACCAACAACGUGCCACCGUUUAUGACGCAGCCCCCGCCGUGGGUAAAGGAUGGUAAAGACAAGUUAUCAGAGGACGGCAGCCCAGUGGAGAAUGAUGACAUGCCCCCGGGGGAGACUGCUCCCAUGGGGGGCAUGGGCGGCCAGGGACAGGCGGCUAAUGGCAGCAUGGGCGGGUUCGGCGGCGGCUACGGCUACGGCGGCUACGGCGGCGGCUGGGGCGGCGGCUGGGCCAGCUGGCCGCCGCCGCUCGUCGCGCAGCCCCCGCCCGCGCUCGCCAGCGCCGCCGUGCCCGACUCCACGUCACAGCUGGCGGGAGGGGCGGGCGCCGCGCGCGCCAGCCCGGCCUCCGAGCCCACGCUCAUCCCCGACUCGCCCACGCCCACGCCCACGCCCGUCGCUGAGCCCGUCAUCACCCCCGAGCUGGUGUCGGCCGCGGCCGAGUGGACGACGCACCGCGCUCCCGACGGCCGCGCGUACUACUACAACGCGGCCAAGCAGGAGAGCGUCUGGGAGAAGCCCAAGCCCAUCAAGGAGCUGGAAGAGCUGAAAGCCAAAAUAGCGGAGAAGAAUGACGCUGAGAAGAAGAGUGAAAAGAAACCGGAAACGGAAGAGGCAAAGAUCGAAGUGAUAGACGUGGAGGCGCACGCGGAGGCGGUGGCGGCGGCGGAGGCGGCGCGCGCCGCCGCGGCCGAGCGGGCUGCCCGCGAGCGCGCCGCCCGCGAGCGCCCGCCCGAGCGCGCCCGCGACGACAAGCCCGACAAGGACAAGGACAAGGCCAAGCAGGACCGCUCCCGCCCCAUCUCCUCCACGCCCAUCCUCGGCACGCCCUGGUGCGUGGUGUGGACGGGCGACGGGUCGGUGUUCUUCUACAACUCGGCGGCGCACUCGUCCGUGUGGGAGCGGCCCGCCGCGCUGCUGGCGCGCCCCGACGUCGACAAGGCCGUCAGCCAGCCGCCCGCCGCGCUGCUCGACCUGCAGCGUAAAGACGCGGCCGCUGCGAACAGCAAAGCUGGUAACGGCGAGCUGAAGCGCGCCGCCGACUCCAGUACCGACGACACCGGCGCCGACGCCGCCAAGAAGACCAAGACGGAGGAACCCGAGAAGAAGCCCGCCCCCGCGACGACGUCGUCCCUGACGGGCGGCGGCACCAUCGACGUGGGCGCGGCCGCCGCCGUGGAGGCCGAGGUGCGCGCGGCCCGCGAGCGCGGCGCCCUCCCCCACCACCAGCGCCUCAAGGCCUUCCUGCACAUGCUGCACGAGAAGGACGUGUCCGCCUUCUCCACCUGGGAGAAGGAGCUGCACAAGAUCGUCUUCGACCCAAGAUACCUCAUGCUCAACUCCAAGGAGAGGCGGCAGGUGUUCGACCAGUACGUCCGCGAGCGCGCGGAGGAGGAGCGCAAGGAGAAGAAGAACCGCCUCCAGCAGAAGAAGUUGGCUUUCCGCGCGCUCAUGGACGACGCCAAGCUGCACUCCAAAUCAUCAUUCAACGAGUUCACAUCCAAACACGGGCGCGACGAGCGCUACAAAGGUAUAGACAAGGCGCGCGAGAGAGAGACGUACUUCAACGAGUACCUCGCCGAGCUGCGCAAGAAGGAGAAGGAGGAGAAGGACAAGGCCAGAGAACAGGUGAAAACCGAGUUCAUUGCGCUACUCAAGGAAAAGGGGGUAGACAGGCAUGCGCGCUGGAUCGACGCCAAGAAGAAGAUCGACAGCGACGCGAGGUACAAGGCGGUGGAGAGCAGCAACCUCAGGGAGGACUACUUCAAGGAGUACUGCAAGCUGGUUAAAGAAGAGAGGAAGAAGGAGAAGGAUGGGAAGGAGAAGAAGCGAGAUCGCAGCAGCGGCAAGAAGGAGAAGCGAGAGAAGGAAAGAGACAAGGAGAAGGACAAAGAGAAGGACGUCAAGAAGGACAAAAAGAAGGAGAAGGGAGAUGAACCAGCCCAAGAGCCUGAAGCCGAGGAUCCCGUAGCCGAGGAGAUGGAGACCAGCGACGGGGACGCCCUGGCCAAGGAGAAGGAGGCGCGCGCGCAGGCCUCCAUCAAGGAACGGGAGCGAGAGGUGCAGAAGGCGCUGGCGACCAGCCUGAGGGACCGGGACAAGGAGCGGGAGUACCAUAAGAGGGACGAGGCGGUUCAGCAUUUCAACGCCCUUUUAGCAGAUUUAGUAAGAAACCCAGACUUAUCGUGGCGGGACGCGAAGAAACAACUCAAAAAGGACCACAGAUAUAGCCUAGCAGAACUACUCACCAAGGAUGACAAGGAGCGGCUGUUCAUGCAGCACACGAGCGCGCUGGCGAGCCGCCGCCGCGACAAGCUGCGCGCGCUGCUCGGCGAGCGCGGGGUCAGCUGCACCGCGCACUGGAGGGACGUGAGGGACAUGCUGGCCGAGCAGCCCGCCGCGCCCAGCUACGGGAGUGCCGCGCAGAUGGAGCGCGAGUUUCGCGACUACCAGCGCGACAAGCAGUCCGCAGCCAAGACCGCGAUGCGGCAGCUGCUGCUGGAGACCAGGUCCAUCACGCACAAGAGCCUCGCCGCCGUCAAGGAGAACCCCAACGCGCUGCAACAUGUCCUCGACGCCUUGAAACAUGAUGCCAGGUACAUAGCCCUGGAGCACAUAGCGGAGGAGCGGCAGCAGAUCAUCACGCUGUACCUGGAGGAGCUCGACAAGAAGGGCCCGCCGCCGCCGCCCACCGCCACCGAGCCCUCGCGGCGGGCCAAGCAGUGACAGUUGGUGAGCAUCUAGCGUUGUGCAUGUAAACAUGCGCGCUAGAGCGGGACACAAGAUACCUUCGACAGUCAAAAUGAUUCCUUAGAUAUUGUAAUUUUUAAAUGAAAUAAACAAAUAAAAGACGU